UUGUGCUUAUUGUACAUUGUACCCACCAAGUGAGCUUGAAACAAUUAGUUUGAGAGCAGCUUACAGACAUAUUAGCCACUGUAUGUUGGUAAAUAAUUAUGUUAUACAGGUGAAGGAAACCCGGAAGAAGUAAGAUGGCGACAUCCCAGAAGCUAACAGAACACUUCCUAACAUGCACGAUAUGUACAGAGGUGUUUGACAAGCCCUGUACACUUGUAUGUAAUCACACCUUCUGUCGGAAAUGUGUCGUCAACUACACCAAAACCAGACCGGAAGCCAUCAGUGCCAAGUCUCUCCUGUGUCCAUUCUGCAGCAAGAUGACGAAAGUGUCUGCCCCUGAGAGACCAGUGGAGGAGUGGGCGGAUGACGUCAAGCCUAGCUUUGUCAUCCAGGGACUCUUGGACUCGUUUGGCCCCGGAUCUAAAGAUACGACUCACUGUAGUUAUUGCAAGGAGGAAGGGGAGACAACUCCAGCUACAUCUUGGUGCUCUGUUUGUGACGAUGCACUCUGUGAACUAUGUAUUCGAGUACACAGACGAAUUCCAUCUUCCCGUCACCAUCACGUAGUUGACCUGUCUGGAGAGACAAAGGUUAGGGUCAAGAGAAAGGUGGACGAUCUACAGCUGGGUGGGAUAGACGUCCUGUAUGAGGGUAUGCUGGACCUGAAGGCUGCUCCUAUGUUACAAGACACCAUUAACGUGCUGGACCUGAAGGCUACUCCUGUGUUACAGGACACCAUUAACGUCAGAGUAGCAGGAGAUACAUCUGGGACAUACCCCACUGACGUGACGGUGUUAGUGGUAAAUGGUACAGACAUAGUGGUAGUCACAGAAAACAACAACCACAGUAUGAAGUCGUUCUACACCAGGAAUAAGAAGCAAAGUCACAGCAGGCUCAGUCUAAGUGGUGGUUAUCCGUAUGGUAUAACAAAGUUGAAGGACAACCAGGUGGCUGUCACUGUGCCGGGUUCCAGACAGAUUGUAACAGUACAAGUCAACCCUGACCUGGUGCUGUUGUCAACCAUCACAACCAGCAAACGGUACUACGGUAUAACGUCUCUGACACCAUCAACACUAGCAGCAGGUUCCCACUCCCCUCCCUGUGUUGAUAUCCUGGAUAUGACGGGACACGUGCUGAAGUCAGUUUGUCCAGGCCAACCUAGUAGAUACAUGUUGAAGAAUCCCCUCUACCUCUGUACCACGAGGACAGGAAACAUCCUGGUGUCUGACUGGGGAUCCACGUGUGUCGUGUGUCUGACUCCCGAGGGAGAUGAGGUGUUCACCUAUAGCCCUACAGGAGACACAGCACUGAAAGAUCCACAUGGUAUCACAAGCACCAGCACAGGCGACAUUCUGGUGACAGACUACCAUCUACACAGAGUCCUCCAUCUGACCGAGUCAGGACAAUUUGUUAAAAACAUACUGACAUCACAGGAUGGUGUCCAGUAUCCACGUGGAGUGUGUGUUGGUGGGCGUGGCCGUAUGUACGUGUGUAGACCAGAUUCGGUGAAGGUAUUUACAUGUAAGUGAGUGAACAUGUCACAAGUCUCCUUUCAAUUAACUAUAGUCACGUCUUUGUUGGGGGAUUUAUGUGAGUAGCUAGACAUGGCUCUUCGUGUACUGAUCGUAUUAUUGAGAUCUAUUCUGAGCAUUGUCUAAUUUAAUGUAUUAUGAACUCCGAAUAAAAGUGGAUCAAUUAUUUCCGAUUACCAGAU